AUGAGCUAUAACAACAACUAUAACAAUCCUUACGCAGGUGGAUCGCGUAAUCCAUAUGGAGGAGCCAGUUCAGGCAAUCCGUAUGGUGGAAAUGCUGCAAACGGCAACACAUAUGCAGCAGCUCCAAAUACCAAUGCAAACAACACGAACAGCUAUGCACAGCCCCGGCAAUACGGAAAUGGGUCAGGCAAUCCAAGCAAUAACUACCAGAGAAGUGCACAAAACGGCAUGAGCAGCCAGAGCAACGCAGCAGGAGCGAACCCAUACCAGAAUUACGAGUUGCAAGGAGAUUCGACGGACUUCUUUUCGCAGAUACAGAACUUGAAGGACGAUUUGUCGGACUACAACGACUUGAUCGACCGGUUGGAGAGGCUCCAGGUGAAAUCGUUGAAUGCAAUUGGAUCGGAGGAGAUCAGCUCGCUCCAGAACCAGAUAGACAGCACGAGUGCCAACCUUGAGGACUUGCAGAAGAACACCAUUAGGCCAAAGCUCCAGAAGCUCUACAAGACGUGUGGCAAGGACACGGAUAAGCAGAGGCAGGCGGAAAACUUGACUCAGCAGUUCAGAACGGCAAUUACCAGACUUGCCAAGAUUGAGGAUGGAUACAACCAGUCAAACAUCCAAAAGGCGGUCGACCAGUACCAGAUUGUGAACCCACAGGCAUCCGAGGACCAGGCCAGGCAGUUUGUCGACCAGGUUGGCAACCAGCAGGUGUUUGAUAACGCGAUUGCACUUUCAAACAGGAAAGGUGAGGCCAUGACAGUCCUCCAGGAGGUCCAGGCUCGGCACCAGGAGGUGCAGCGGACCGAGAAGAUGGCCGCAGAGUUGAACCAGCUCUUCUCCGAGUUGCAGAACUUGGUGUUUGAGCAGGAUGAGAUGUUCGAUUUGGCAAACCAGAACAUUGACGUUGCCCAGGACAACUUGGAGAGGGGUGAUGCAAACGUGAUCAAGGCCAGGGACCAUGCCAAGAAAGGCCGUAAAUGGAGAUGGAUCCUCUUCUGGAUAAUUGUGAUCAUUAUACUCGCCAUUGUUGGGGGUGUUGUUGGUGGAGUUCUCGGAUCGAGGAAGUAG